AACGACAAAGCCGCCAUGCCUUAUGGCAGAAGGUUGUCUGAAACCGGCGGAUCCCGACGCUUAUACACAACCGUAAACGGGUAUCUAGGUCUUGGCCCUGAAGCAUUGAAUACGGGUGAUCGUAUUUACUUGCUCAAGGGAGCUAGGGUGCCUUUCGUAUUCCGCAGCGCAGAUAACCAAAGCCUGGAACUCGUGGGCGAGUCAUACGUCCACGGCUUCAUGAACGGCGAGAUGCUGGAAGCUGUUGGAAAGAUGUCUCAGUUACUAAUCAUAUAAGCCGUUUGUUACAGCAGAGCUUUUGAAAGAGGAGGUCCAAUCAGUCUUGACCUAAAGUGAGAAGAGGCGCUUAGCAAGUCGCCAAGAUUGGGUUGCAAUGUCGAAGCCGGCCAACAACCUCCGACCGUCAAAAAGGCAUUUAUCGCUAUAUUCG